GCACUACUUAUUCCUUAACCUAUUCUGUCGUAAACUCCUAACAUAUCUGCCAUUUGGUUUCACGUCGCACGUGAAAAAUUUGUUCGUGUUAUUUUUUAUAUUAAUCUUCCAUUAUAGUUUUACUAGACUAAAAUGGCACCCAAGCAUGGUUUGUUCAACAAGCGCAUUUACAUAGAUGCAAAAGAACAUUUGCUUGGAAAGUUGGCUUCAUACGUAGCCAAAGCAAUUCUGCAAGGAAAUAAAGUUGUUGUUUUUAACUGCGACAAAAUAAACAUCGCUGGUAGUUUUUACAGGAACAAGAUUAAGUACUUGUCAUUCUUGAGAAAGAGAUGUAAUGUGAACCCAGCUCGUGGACCUUUCCAUCACCGUGCUCCCAGAUGUAUAUUCAGAAGAACUGUCCGUGGUAUGAUCCCACACAAAACAACACGUGGACAACAAGCUUUAAGACGUAUGAAGGCAUAUGAAGAUAUCCCAGCUCGUUAUACAUCUCAAAAAACAAUGGUUGUACCUUUGGCUAUGAGAAUGUUGAGUCUGCAACGUGGACGUAAAUAUUGUGAUGUUGGUCGUUUAUCACAUGAAGUUGGAUGGAAAUACCAACAUGUAGUCAAAGACUAUGAAGCACGUCGUUUAGAACGUGAAGCCAAGCGUGCCCAGCGUUUGAAGAUUAGACAUAAAUUGACCAGAGAAGCCAACAAGAAAGUUAAGAAGGUUGUUGAACCAUACAACCAAGUCCUAAGGGAUAGUGGUUACUAUGUUCCAGCUUUAGUUUGAGAUGGAUUUUUGUGACAAUAAAAAAAAUAAACAAAAAAUGUUUGUAAC